CCGACACCUUUCAUGGUGCCGAUGUUCUAGACAAGUACCAAGUGAGCAGGAAAGAGAGUAUGGUCCUACAAAUGUGGUGCCGUUACUUGUAGGCGAUCGGUUCUCUCUCCGGGUAUGCACUUUCCAGUUUCCAGAGCUGGGCCCGGUCAAGUUCAACAGUCACCACUCCACCACAAAUCCCAAACAGACCCACCACGUCAUUAUCCGAACGCGCAUCUAGCGGGCACCACGUUUUCAGCCAACGUGCAGAAAUCCGACAUGCAUCAACUAUUCCUUGCCCUCCCCCAACAACAAGACGAAACAAGUGUUAGUAUUUUUUAGAAAACAAAGAGCAAUAGCCAUUCUCCUAAUUUUCUUCACUGCUAUGCAAACGUAAAAACCCAAUGCCGGAAUUGUCACCAUCCGGCCACUCGUGCAGCAUCUCUCAAUCCCGGCGAUGCUACCGACGGAUUCCGUCAACCACCACCCACCUGAAUCUUUCAACCCAUUGGCGGAGGACGACCGGCGGUCUCUCCCCAUCAUCCUCACCCUCAUACUCCUCGUCUUCUUCCUCCUUGGCUUCUUCUCCAUCUACCUUUGCCGCUAUAUCAUGGAAAACCUGGCCAGCCUCCGCCCGUCGCCGCCCUCCCCACGUGGCCUCGACCCUUCCAUCAUCUCCUCCUUUCCCACCUUCACUUACUCUUCUUUGAAGAAUCUCCACCAUGGGAACGCCAAUCUGGAAUGUGCUGUCUGCCUAUCAGAAUUCUCGGAUGACGACGUGCUGCGACAGCUGACAGGAUGCAACCACGCGUUCCAUUCAGAGUGCAUCGAUCUAUGGUUUGAGACCCAGGCAACAUGCCCCAUUUGUCGACGGGAUCUUGACAGACAUGAGAAGCCGGAAGAAGUUAGUAUUCCCAUGACAGAAACUGAUGGAAGGGAUGAAGAGAGUCAUCAGCAUGAGAAUUCUUCCAAAGAAGAAGAUGGGAGGGGAGACGGUGAUGACGUGGAGCUGGUGGUGGAGCAGUUGCUACGGUCACAUUCGACGGGGCACUCACUGGUACAUAGGGAAGAGAAUGGAAGGUUUAGAUUAUCGGAUGAACGACGGAGUCCGAUGGGGUCGAGGAGCUCCGCUAUUUUGGCUGAUAUGGAUGCCAGGGUUGGGACUGUAAGGGUCCUCUGAUGGAGAUUCAGAUGAAAUUGUAAUAUCUUCUCUAGUUCUCAAUUCUCAUUUAUUAAUUGGGUUUUUUUUUUUUUCAUGCUUCGAAAUUGAGUGUUUUUCAAUUUUAAUUUUGUCAAAUGAGAAUGCUCUACGUUAAUAGCUCUCGAGGGUUAUGACUUCAGAUAAUGACCAUUAGAGAGGUGGCCCACUUAUUGAAUGGUCGCACGUGCACUGGUCGUAUGGUAGAGAAGGUUUAUAAACCAAUUCUCAGUAUACAGUUGGCACACAGAUCCUUCCUAGUGUUAAAUCCCCAGCCCUUUUUUCUGCCUCUGCUUUUACAACUGCAAUUUUCCUGAACAUGCGGAAGAACGUUGAUCGCGCUAGAAAACCCAAAUGAUGAAAUUCAGUCUCUCAAUCAACCCACAUUGAUUCAAUUCACAUACAUUUCCUAAGAAGAGAUCUCUUCCAAGACUUUCGGGUUUGUCAGCGGUGGAGAAUGGUCACAAAAUGGACGGCACAAAUGGCCUCACGCUCCAGUAC